GGUGGCAACGCCCUCGCGCGCAUCAUCAGCGUACACUCCACUGCCGGCCGGAUGCUCGUCCCGGCGCAGCAGCUCCCCCCGGAGAUCAUCGCAGGACUGGAGCGCUUCAACAUUAUCGAUGAUGCUGAGGGAGUUGUCGAAGGCAUCCAGGUUCGAGCACACGCGUUGGAGCAUGCGCAUGCCGGAGCAGGGGCAGGGGUGUGCGCGUACGCGCACUGCUUGGAGCACAUCGGCGAGGAGGCCGUGUGGUGCUCUCUGUCUUGCAAGGCUCGCGCAUUGAACUGGUGGGUCGGGUUCAGAAUUUUUGAUUGCGCUCAAAGAAAAGACAAGAGGAAAGGAGGUCAGGAAGUCACAGGCUGAGUCAAAGUCAAUGAUGCUGACGGAUGGAAUCGUCCAAUCCAGUGUUGAAAUUCUUUUUUGUAUUUAGGAAUUAGUAACUUCGUGUAAGGGGAAUUUUACCAUCAGCACCUUACGGAAGUUAUAGUUUGCAAAAGGUUAUAUUUGGGGUUCUUUUUUGGUAAUUUCUGCGUCGUCUGGAAUCUCGAUCCCCUGCCGAUGGGUUCAAAUUCGCCGGCGUCGGUUUAGUGUGCAGGCCAGCGGAUCCACAAGCCACGAUAGGGUGGAUCCGGCUGCGGCGGUGGCGGCGGAUCAAUGUCCGGGCCACCGGAUGGGGUCGUGGUCGGCGGCGGCGGCGGCGUUUAGGGUAGCAACCCUGCCGAUGCUCGUGGCCGGAUUUGGUUCCUGCGGGAGGGCGGGGCAUCGCGUUCCUGCUGUGACUCCGCCCCUCCCAUGGGGUUCUCAGGUAAGAACGCGUUCUUCAUCCACUAAUUGCCUUCCGCAGCCUCUGGGUGCUGCACCGCCGUUUAGAUCCGCCGCCUCCCCAUGUUUCGAAGGUCGAAUUUACAGGGCAAGACGUCUCACUGCUGUUGUUGUUGUUGACAGAAUUAGGGAUUUCAUGUUUCUGUAUUAUACAGGAUGAUGAUAGAUGAUGAUGAGGUUGUCAUGUUUCACGUUGACGUCUGCUUCAAAUUCGGGACUGGUAGAUGCUAGUUUGGUUGAGUCUCUACAUCUCAAGUGUCUCGGUAUCUGCACUGUCGGCACAGAUGCAACUGACUGCCGAUCUGCCGCCACUGAUUUGAGACAGCAAGAUUUCUGUCAUGUGCUUACUGCUCUUGUGUAGAGAUUUCAUGUUUCUCUCCUAUAUAGGAUGACAAUAAAGUUGUGAUGAUGUUCCUUAUCACUGUGUGAUUCAUGUUCAGGACUAGAUGCUAGAUUGAUUUAGGUCUCUACGCUUUGGAUGUCUAAUCUGCACUGUGGCGUACAAGUGCCAUUGCUAUGUUGUUUUAGAGGAAAUGGUACACACGCAACGGAUUGCCAUUACCAAUUUCCGUUUUGCAAUAUAAAUAACAUUUCAGUCAUGUGAUGCGUAUUUGCACAAUCUUAAUGUCAGCCUAAACGAUCUCAAGGCCACAUUUUAGAUGCAAAGUAUGAUAUGCAAUUUAUUUUGUGUGAACGCUGUCUUUUCUGAAUCCGAGAUUUUUGAUCCUUGAUAAUGGCCAUCAACCACUGGCCACCUCAGAAUUCUCUUUAGUCACAAACUCUGCUUGCAGUUGCCUGAAUUCUCCCAUAUCCCUGAACAACUUUGCAUGAUGUAUUGACGGCGUGCACAGGUGCUACAUUAGACACACUGGGAUCUGCAAUACUGGGAGCAAUAGGCCCAGUGCCUAAGAAUAGGGCGUCGAGAUGCCAGGUUUGCAAAAGUGAGUCUUUCCCCCCUCUCAUACUGGGAGCAAUAGGCCCAGUGCAGAAAGUCAAACUUCAUAUGAUAGGAUACAUAGGAAUUUCUACCCAGUAGCAAAGACUACAGUGCAGCAAGUCCAUCUUCAUCUGGUAGGGUACCUAAGAAUUUCUGCCCAGGAAGCAAAGAUUACUAGUGCAGGAAGAAUUACAAGAAAGAAGGUUCUACUACUGAUUAAACUUUAGCUUUAUUUCUCCUCGAGUUAAUCACAUUGUAUUGUUCUAUGUUCUUGCUGCAGGGACCAUGGUUUGCACAAGUUGGUUUUCAUGAGUGGUAUUGUACCAGAGGGCACAGAUGUCGGCUAUUAUGCUUUGCCAUGUAGUUACAUGGCGAUUUAUGGUGUCAGAAGGCCUGUCUAUACUUUCCAUAUAUCCCUUUGAGUGAACCCCUUUCACUAAGCUAUAGUUUCUGGAUUCUCACUACUGCUUGUCUUUGAUUAUUUAUUUCAGAAUGCGUUAUCUUGUCUUCUGUACCAAAAGGAACUUAGUGUUGCCAGUAUUGUUGAAGUAGGCAACAGAGAGAAGGUUGUUUGGCAUACAACAACAAUGCAAUAGCUGCUGGAAGAAUUGAUGGAGUUGAUUUGAUGUACCAAAUGUUUAGACGGUCGAUACGUAUUGCUACAGCUCCCCAGGGUGCAUUUGGUGGAUGUGCAUUGUGCAAGCUCCAUGAAUUUGGCAAAAAGGAAUUUAGUCAACAAACUGUGCUGCUUUAUGACCAAGUAAGUUCAUCAAUCACAUAGACUCUAGUUUAUCAUUUUUGUAGUGCUGAUAUUCACAUGCUUUCAUGAUAUGCCUGUAUUGAGUUGUCAUGCUGUUUUUUAGCUGCUGCAAUCUUAUUUUGUGAUAAACUGUCACAUGUAUGUUGCUAUUUGUUCAGUGUGGGAGGGAAUAUCACGUUGAAUGCCUGAAAGAACACAACAUGGCUGAUUUAACAGUGAUCUUCCUAGCCCGAGAUAAUUUAACAGUGAUCUUCCUAGCCCGAGAUAUGCUGAAAACUUUAAUCAUAAAUGAAGAAGUAUAUUAAUGGUUGACUGGUGCAUGCAUUGCCUGAGGGGGCAUGGUAUUAUUCCACCGAAUGUGUGAAGAUUUGCGAGGCACUGAAAGCCCUAGUCAGUUGUGGAGCAGAACCUGUUCCUACCGUGGAUGUUGUUGAUCUCAUAAAGAAUAAGCGUGCGGAGAAAGGUUUGAAAUGAUGAUGGUGACCUUGAAGUUAGAUGGAGAGUUUUGAGGGACAAAAGUUCAGAAGGUAGUAAGUUGGUGCUCUCCAAGGUAGGUGCUAUUUUCCAUAUUCAUCCAAGUUAUGAGUGGUAUUGGCUCUGAAGGUUGGCAUUUAUGCAGGAAUCAUUUGAUCUAUUAUCCAAGCUACGACCGGGCGAGUCCUUAUUCCAGCCAUGGUCUAUGGGACAAGCGUAAGGAAUCAAGAUUAAUAAGGGCUGUACUGAAGAAUAUGAUCAUCUCAGGGCUCCAGAAUUUCGACCGGAGUAAUAUUGCAUCUGUUGUCACGGCUGCAGAUAAGGGGUACUUCGAUGGGCUGUUUGCGUGCAUCGAGCGGCUGUUGUCGUCGCUGAAGGUGAAGCACUUUGUGCUGCCGGAGACGGACGAGGCGGCAUUGAUCUGUAUGCAGUGGUUCGGGUUCCGCAAGCUGCUGGAGCACCUCAAGGGCGGGUGCACGACGGUGUUGCAUGGAACGUCAACCCAGCACAAGCUGGUCCCGGUGGUAGAGGCUGGGGCGCGGGGUCUGAGGAGGAGGAAGCGCCGGCGCCAGCACCCUCGGACUGAGGAGCUAGUGUUUUCCUUUUGGAGAGGAUGGAUUGAUGGUGUAAUGUAGAGACAGGGGUGUGUUCUGUCUCUGGGGGUUGUGUGUUUGUUAGGCAGGCAUAUGAAGAAGCAGGAGAGAUUCAUGUGAGGCCGGAAUGAGAUGGUGAUUCAGAACGCCGCUUCUGCUGGUGAUGUAUGUGUAUCAUCUUUCUUUCGUUCAGAGUUCUCUGGGGG